AUGGGUUUACAACUUGGGAAACUAAUCGGUGUCGAUUUUGCGAUCCAAUUUUUCGGUUGGAUCGUCUCAACGAAACUUCGAACAGAGAAAUUUUAUGAUUUAACAGGCUCAUUGACAUUCAUCUUAUUGACAUAUUUAAGUCGUAACGCCAAUGGACAAACUUUACGGCAGAAAAUUCAAUCAGCUUGUGUGAUGAUUUGGGCUUUGAGAUUGGGUACGUUCUUGUUUCGUCGAAUAAUGAAGCUUGGCAAAGAUUCACGUUUUGAUCGUAUGCGCAAUUCUCCAUUACGAUUAUUUUAUGUCUGGAUGAUGCAGGGUGUUUGGGUAUUCAUCACACUUUUGCCUACUCUUUAUCUUAAUCAAAAACGAGUGGAUAAAUCAUUGACAAAAACGGACUUCAUUGGCUGGGCUAUUUGGUUGUUUGGCUUCGGUUUCGAAGCUAUAGCCGAUCGACAAAAAAUGGCAUUUAAAAGUAAUCCAAGCAAUCAAGGAAAAUUUGUUAAUACUGGCUUGUGGAAAUAUUCAAGACAUCCGAACUAUUUCGGUGAAAUAUGUGCUUGGUUUGGAUUGUAUAUCGCCUCGUCACAUAUGUUGGUUGGAAACGAACGAAUUUUCGGCUUCCUGUCACCAGUAUUCGUAGCGUCGUUAAUCUCAUUCCUUAGUGGAAUACCGAUUUUGGAGAAAAAAGCGAUGAAAACAUAUGGAAAUGAUUCGGAUUAUAUUACAUAUCGAAAGAAAACACCGGUUCUUUUUCCAUUUGUUAACUUUCCUGCUAUCUAA